UUGACACGCCUGCCUUUGACAGCUGCCGUCAGCUGUUUGUCGCUCCACAUUGUUUACAUCGACUCGUGCCGUGCACCGUAAACAGACGCACAAUUUAUCGUAUUUCGUGUUGUUUUAACUCAGUUUUCCCCGUUAUCGUUUCGCUAUGAGUACCACCGAAACAGUAGCCAACGUGCCGAGCGAUGCACCGGCCCACUGUCCCGGCACACAGAGUGAGGAUGCCGGGAAAGCUUCCGCGUGUGCCGGAUGUCCGAAUCAGCAGCUGUGCGCAACCGGCCCGAAAGGCCCCGACCCAGCAAUAGCCCUGGUGAAGGAAAAGCUAGCGGACGUACGCAACAAGCUGCUGGUCCUGUCGGGUAAGGGCGGUGUAGGUAAGAGCACAGUGACGGCCCUUCUGUCCCGGGCCAUGGCCCACCGCGCCCAGCACCAGAACUUCGGUGUGCUCGACAUCGACAUCUGUGGACCGUCGCAACCGCGCGUACUCGGUGUGCUGGGCGAGCAGGUCCAUCAGUCCGGAUCGGGCUGGUCACCGGUGUACAUCGAGGACAAUCUGAGCCUGAUGUCGAUCGGGUUCCUGCUCGGCAGCCCGGACGAUGCAAUCAUAUGGCGCGGGCCGAAGAAGAACGGCAUGAUUCGACAGUUCCUGACCGAGGUGGACUGGGGACAGCUGGACUAUCUGCUGCUGGACACACCGCCCGGCACCUCCGACGAGCAUCUGUCCGCGACGACCUUUCUCAAGGGUACGGAUGGUUCGUGGGGUGCGAUACUGGUGACCACACCGCAGGAGGUAGCACUGCUGGAUGUGCGGAAGGAGAUUUCCUUCUGCAAAAAGCUUGCCAUACCGGUGGUGGGUGUAAUCGAAAAUAUGACCGCCUUCGUGUGUCCCAAGUGCACGACCGAGACACGCAUUUUCCCCGCCCGAACCGGUGGCGCCGAACAGAUGUGCACGGAAAUGGAGGUGCCGUAUCUCGGGAAGCUUCCGCUCGAUCCACGGUUAACGAAGUGUUGCGAUGAGGGUAAAGAUUUCAUCACCGAGUUUCCGGACAGUCCGGCAGUGAAAGCGUUGGAUGAUAUUGUCGCUAAGGUUAGACAGUUUUUUGGAGAUGAAAAGGGACAGUAAUAAAGCCCUUUAAAUGCCUAUCGAAUCCUGCCAAGAGUUAGUGGGAUGCGCCGUAUUCAAUUAGUAGAUUUGUUGUUUUAUUACUUGGUUAUACGUGUGUGUGUUAGUUUUCUCUCUCUCUCUCUCUCUCUCUCUCGCUAAUCCAUUUCCCGUUCCGCAAAGGACAACCACUCCCUGGUCCGGUCUAUGAGUCUACAUUGCUUACAAAAUCCGCCCACAUUGGGGUCGAUGAGGGGAUGAGUCAGGGACGAUGAUGAUGAUGAUGAUGGUUGGGGAGUUGAUCAUUCACACACAUAUCGCCGAUUGUUAGAAGCAGUAACACGUCCACCGUAUCUCUCCUUAUCGCGCUUGCGUGACCAUGAAGUGCGUGUGCCGAAGAAGUCCGCUAACCGCGCAACAACCAACUUUCGAGUUUGAUUCGACUUAAGGAAGGAAAUCAUACAACUAGCGGAAGAGGAUUAAUUUAAAAUAAAAUGACUAUAAGUUCUACCAAAGCGUACCACCAACCGACACACACACGCACACAGAAGACACCUGUUGCGAUCGGUUAUCUUGCUCCACUGAGCCUUUUAUCAGAGCACGAAGAGCUGUAAGUCAUCAAGCGUGUAUCCAAAUGCAACUAUCUUCCAUCCAAGCAAGCUUAGUUAUCUAAGCAAAAUAGCAAUCAUCAUCAGAACAAAACAGAACAAAAAGAAAAUAUUCUCAUCGGUCAUUUAAGUUUGACCAGGUCCGUUUGAUUUGAUUGAUGAUCCUUGGAGCGACAAGUGGCAUCUCUGUGUGAGUGUGUGUAUCGGUUAUCGGAGGCACGCUCACAUUUAUUCGAUGUUCGGGAAAACUAAAUCAGGGUCCGGGAUACAAACUUAAAGUAAAAGCAGGAACUAAAGAAUAGGUUAGGGGGGUAGGGUACACAUCAAUUUUCUCUCUUUCUCUUCGUUGUAUUAUACUGGUGAAGGUAAAAGUAUGGCUAUUUCUGUUUUUAGGGGUUUUCUUUUUUCAAAUGAGGGAGGUGGAAAAAUAGAUUGAAAAGUGUACUAAAAUAA